AAGGAUCCAAUAGGAAAUCUAUGAAAGGUGGGGAGUUUCACAGCGAACACACCCCCGCCUCCACGCACCCACACACACACACACUCACACACACACUACUCCACCCUGGCAGUGCAGACAGACAUGGCUCUCAAGAGUGUGUUGGCAGCCCUGCUUCUCCUACUUCUCCAAGGUCACUUGACUCAAUGGACAGAGCGUGGCGUGAGGGCUACCUCGGUGCCUGCGGGGUGUGUGUGUGUGCAGGAGGUGAUGUCUGUACCCGGGAGAAGCAUCUCUAACUUGAGCAUCGUGGCAGGCAGCUCUUUCUGCAGGACACACAUUAUAGUCACACUGAAGGACAAGAGAAGAGUGUGUCUGAACCCGGACUCUGACCAGGGCAAACAACUCCAGAGCUGCUGGAAAAAGGUCAAGAAUAGUCACAGGAAGAAGGUAUGCCUGCGGCCAGCCAAGCGAAACAAAGCCAAGGCACACUAACUUUCCGUUGUUGCCCCAAAGACUAAAGCCACGUCCUUUAACUGACCGGCUGCAAUGUCAAUCAUCAAAACAAGUGUGUUUGUAUUUUUUUUUAUAAUAAAACUAUGCUGUGCCAGCUAA